AAUUGAUAUUAUAUUUUUUAAUUUCUUAUUUAUCGACUACAAUGAUAUUUCAAUUACAAUGCGUAGGUGGUUCCCGGUUACGUUACAGCAUCCAAAGGUUAUGGUGCGGACAAAGCUGGGCGACAGUGGCCAGAUAUAGUACCGAUUUAGAUGGUGAUCGGAUAACCAUUGGUGAUAUUGUUAUGCGCUUGAAAAAACCCAAGAAUCUUCAUAUGGUACCCCAAAAAUAUGUGAGUUAUGCAUCGGAUGGUACGGUCCAGUUGAGUCAGAGUACACUCCAUCAUCUGCGGUGGAUGUUACAAAAGGAUUUAUUGAGACAAGAUAUGUUUCUGAUUGGUGGUCCAGGGCCGCUUAGACGUCAGUUGGUUAUGCAGUAUCUAGAGUUGACGCAGCGUGAAUUGGAAUACGUUGCGCUUAGUCGCGACACAACCGAAAGCGAUCUAAAGCAGCAACGUGAGAUUCAGAAUAAGACUUCCAUGUACUAUGAUCAGUGCGCAGUACGCGCUGCACUCCACGGUCGAUUUCUAGUAUUGGACGGCGUUGAGCAUUGCGAACGAAAUGUGCUGCCAGUACUAAACAAUCUUCUGGAAAAUCGCGAAAUGCAUCUGGAAAGUGGUAAAUUCCUAAUGGCCCCUGAACGCUACGAUAAAUUAUUAGAGACACACACAGAAGAGCAGCUCGAAGAUAGGGGAAUACUGCGUGUCUCAGAAGACUUUCGUGUCGUGGCACUUGGGCUUCCCGUUCAGAAAUAUAAGGGCACGCCCCUAGAUCCGCCGUUACGAUCGCGGUUUCAAUCACGCCAUGUCUCACCAUACAGCUUUUUGGAGCUGUACGAUGAGUUGCAUCAGCUGACGCCCAAUGUACCUGCGGAUAAACUUAAGCAAUUACUUAGUUUUGCAUUGACUCUUCAAGAAACAGACGAGAGCAUCCAAUUGCCCGAUUUUCCUGUACAUAAUCUUGGACGGGUUGCCCAGAUGAUGCAAACUAAUCCAGCACUGUCUCUGCACGAUGUCAUAUCAACCGUAUAUCCAUAUGAAUCCACAUUAAAACCAGAGCAGCAAAAACGUAUUCAUGAAUUGUUCACGAGUCUACAGCUUCAGCGUGUGUCUUCACAUAGUGUCAAGCGGAUUACCUCACAUGUUGAGGGUGAUCACAUCAAUGUUCAACUUAACGAAUUACAACUGCGCUUUCCCAGUGGAUCAACGUCAGUAUCAAAAGGAAACUUCUUUGUAGAUCUAGAGCAUCAACGUCAAGUGCUCGCUUUGUUGCUACAAACCUAUGCAGUGGGUGACGUGUGUCUGGUCGGCCAGAAGGGCGUUGGAAAGCUUACGCUUACAAAGCAGUUAAUGCACCUGCAAAAUCAAUCCGCGGAAUCAAUGAUGCUCUACGAAGACAUGACCUCGAGGGAUCUUUUACAACAACGAGUUACUAACUCUGAGGGCGACACAAUCUGGCAAGAUUCGCCCUUGGUACGUGCUGCCAAAAAUGGAUCGGUUGUUAUGUUAAAUGGUCUUCAUCAAUUAAAUAGAAGUACAUCCGCUGUAUUGCAACGAAUACUUCAUGACCGAGAGCUUCAGCUAUGUGAUGGCACAACACUGCUUCGUCGCGAUCGCUACCAAGCGUUGCUUAGCCAAGGACUUGAUGACAAACAGUUAAAAGAACGUGGAUUGUUCCCGAUACCCGAGUCCUUUCGCGUUGUAGCAUUAGCCGAGCCGCCAAAUCUGGAGAGUAAUAAAAACAGUUGGCUCACACCGGAAAUAUUAAGCAUGUUCUUGUAUCAGAAACUACGACCAUUGCAACAAAAUGAAGAAAUCGAACUUCUAGUUCAGAUCUUUGGAGAAGUGCAACCAAAGAUGAAAUGGAUGCUGACGCUGGCACAGAUACUGCGUACCUCAACGGAUCCAAUGCUUCAGGGUUUGUCGGAGACGCUAUCAACACGACAGAUAUUGAAGCUAGGGCGUCGCUUGGCUGCAUAUCCAGACAGCGAUGUAUACGAACUGUUGCAUAGUACAUUCCUGAUGAAGUUUAUGCCGUCACUUUUACGUGCCCGCUUGGAGCAAGCCAUGAAGCAGGCUGGGAUCCGUCAAAGUUCGAAUCAUGAUUGUAACGCUAACAAUAAUAAGAAAACAAUUUGUGUGGUGGACAACAAGCUAUGCAUUGGCAAUACUUCGAUGCUGUUGUCCGAAUUGGUAUUGGCGAAGCAGUCAAAAGUACCCAAAACUCUAUUUUACGAAACUUUUCAACAUGUAUUUUUGCUAGAACGACUAUUACAGGACUAUAUAAUAGGGGAGCAUCUGCUUCUGGUGGGCAAUCAGGGAGUAGGCAAAAACAAACUCAUUGAUCGCUUAUUGGAACUUAUGCGACAACCGCGCGAAUAUAUACAACUACACAGGGAUACCACUGUGCAUAGUCUUACCAUAAAGUCCACGCUACGAGAUGGUCAAAUAGUCUUUGAAGAUAGCGAAUUGGUUAGCGCGGUUAAAUCUGGUCAUGUCUUGGUCAUAGAUGAGGCAGACAAGGCACCGGUUAAUGUUACCUGCAUUUUGCGCAAUUUGGUAGAGAGCGGUGAAAUGAUGCUGUCAGAUGGUCGUCGUAUUGUCCCUAAUGGAUACUCUGGAAACUCGUCCAACAUAAUUAAAACACAUUCAGAAUUUCGGCUUAUUGUGUUGGCCAACCGUCCAGGUUUUCCAUUUUUGGGAAACGACUUUUUUGCUGCGCUAGGAGACAUUUUCAGUUGUCAUGCCAUCGACAAUCCCAUGCCCGACUCUGAGCUCUAUCUACUGCAGCAAUACGGACCAAAUGUACCCAUUAAGACACUCCAAAAAUUAGUUAAUGCAUUCGGGGAGCUUCGUAAUUUGGCAGACGAAGGUUUGCUUAACUAUCCAUACUCAACUCGGGAAGUUGUAAACAUUGUAAAGCAUUUAGAGAGUUAUCCGCAAGAUAGCAUGUCCGACCUGGUAGGAAACGUGUUAGACUUUGAUCGUUACCAGCCAGAGGCAUUGCAGCAGGUCACCAAAGUGCUUUCAAAACAUGGUCUGCCGAUUGAGGCAUAUGCAAAGGAGGAAUUGGAAACGUUACGUCUGAAAAAGACGCUCCAGUUAGAUGUUCAGCGUUAUAGUGGGUUGGGCGUCCUUGGACCUAAGAUUGGAAAAUUAGAUCCGAAAAAUGAAGCGCAUGUGGGUGGCAACACGUGGGCUGGUGGUAGCGGUGGACGCGAUACAGCAGGCUUAGGCGGCAAAGGUGGACCAUUUAGGCUGGACAUGGAUCAUCAAGUUCAUCAACUUAGCGACGAGGAGAAAGCCGAAAUUCCAGAGGAAAUAAAACGCGCGGCGCGUGAAAUGAAUCGCAAGGCGUUUAAUCAAAAGUUAGAAGAGAUUAAAAUGACCGCGCAUGAUCAUAAGAUAUAUGCACAAUUCAGUAAGCCUAACGGUAAGCAAGUAAAGCAACUUAAAGCCAUUUUGGAAGCAAUGGAGACUAAAAGCAAGGAGCGUCAAUGGAAAAAGUAUCAAACACAUGGUGAUCUUGAUGACACGCGUCUCAUCGAAGGCAUCACCGGUGAAAGAAAUAUUUAUAAAAGACGCACCGAGCCUUAUCCAUGGUCGGAUCAUGUUAUAAAGCAACCUAAUAGGGUCAAACUUGUCGUCGAUGUUUCUGGAUCCAUGUACAGAUUUAAUGGCUAUGAUGGCCGCCUAGAUCGUCAAUUGGAGGCCGUUGUCAUGGUAAUGGAAGCCUUCCAGGGAUAUGAAAAAAAAAUUAUUUACGACAUCGUCGGUCAUAGUGGCGAAGGAUGGGAGUUGCCCUUCGUCAAUCUGGGUUGUGCCCCCAAGAACGACAAAGAACGUUUUGAGAUAAUACGUAUGAUGCAUGCCCAUUCGCAAUUUUGUUGGUCUGGCGAUAGUACCGUAAAAGCAGCUCGCGAAGCUUGUUCCAAGUUAAGCACGGAGGAAAACUAUGGAAAUGGUAUUGUCGUUGUCCUUAGCGAUGCCAAUCUUGCGCGCUAUGGCAUUGUUCCCAAGGAUCUGGCACUGGCACUUAAACGCGGCGAACCUAAGGUCAAAGGCUAUGUAGUUUUUAUUGGUAGUCUGGCCGAAGAGGCUGAUCAAAUAAUAACUGAAAUGCCCGACGGACAGAGUUAUGCAUGCAUGGACCUCACCAAGUUGCCGCAGAUUUUAAAGCAAAUAUUUACCUCAUCCCUUAUGUGAAAGGUUUUGUAAUGUUUGUAGUGUAUGCGAGUCGUCGUGAGUCUAAUCUAAUUGAGGCCAAAUAUAAUUUGAGAUUGCAGUAUAUUGUAAAUUGAAAAUUAAAUGCAAUUUAAUUGCAGAUAUGUACUUUA